AUGAUAGACAAUUAUGAAGGAAAAGAUGACUGUUUUAAGGAAGCAGCGUUUAUGAUUAAGAACGAAUGUUCAAAACUUGAAGAUAUUUCAAAUGAUGAAAGAUCGAUAUAUACAAUCAAACUAACAUUGUGUCAACUCAGAACUGCAGGAUUUGACACACCUAGCCAAUGCGAUGAUUUAACGAAUUAUUCUGAUUGUUUGGCCUCAAUUGGAAGUAUAAAUCAAUAUUGGGUAACUUACGACGGAUUCCUCAGAGAAGUCGAAAUAUUAUACCAACAUAGAAAAAAUAUUAGUUCAUAUUAUGAAAAUAUGAUGAACAAUUUGAGCAUAAUUGUUGCAUCAAUCCGUAAUGAGGAAUUAGAGCAGUUGCCACAUAUUACCGAGUCCUUAAAAAGCCUAAAUCACGAAAUCUCAGUUAUUAAGCAAAAAUCAUAUUCGGUAUAUAAGGAGAUGAAUACCGUCAAAAACGAUCUUAAGAAACCAUAUUAUACACGUUGUCACAAAAGUUUUUCGGAUGAAUUGUCUAAUGUGAGUUUGAAGAAAAUCAGUGAAAUUAAAGAGAAUUUAAGUGGGGUUGUUGAAAUGACUGAUGAUUCUCGAAUUGUGCAAGAAGAUCUUAAUUCAAGCAUUAGAAAAACAAAAGUAGAAUUAGAAGAUAAUAAGAACCAUUUAAAGGAGGACUAA